AUGGUGGAGCCGCCGGCCGAGCCUCCCCCGCAGCCUUGCCCGGCGCCCGGGGGGGCGGCGGGGGGAGAGCCGGCCCGUCCCGGAGAGCAGUCGCCGCUGCUGCACCUGGAUCUGUACAACUUCGACUGCGCGGCGGCGGAGGGCAGCCGAUACGUGCUGACCAGCCCGCGGUCGCUGGAGGCCUGCGCCCGCUGCGCCGUGCGGCCCGUGGAGCUGCUGCCGCGGGCGCUGGGGGACCUGCUGCGAGAGGCGCCCGGGCGCUCCAUGCGGGUGGCCGCCGGCCUCUACGAGGCCUACGAACGGGAGCGCCGCCGCAAGCUGCAGCAGUGCCGGGAGGAGCGGGAGAGGAUUAUCCGGGAGGAGAAGAGGCGGAUCCUCGCGCCCCUCGGAAGCCUGCCGCCCUCGCCCGCCGCCCGCGUCGCCUCCCGCGCUGCCGCCGCCGCUGCUGCUGCCGGCGGGCCUCGGACCCAUGGCGGGGGGAAGGCCAGGGCGUCGAGGGGUGCCAAGGGCAAGAGCCACUCCCUGGACUCGCUGCAGAAGCGCCGUGAGGGCAGCUGGGGCAAGACCUCUUCGGAGUCGGGGGCCUCGUCCUCCUACAGCGGGGAGAGCUUGCGGGAACGGGGAGGCAAGGUGGGCGGCCGGGGCCGGGGGGCAGCCACUGCCAACGGGUCCUUUCUGGGGCGCAGCUUCAGCCUGGGUGACCUCAGCCACUCACCACAGACUGCCCAGAGGGUCGAGAGGAUCGUCAGGGAGGUGAAGAGGAAGAAGGGCCUCUCGGAGGUGCCUGAGAGGGACAAGAAGAUUGCGGCACUGAUGAUUGCCAAGCACCAGGAGGCCAACAUCCUGCGGGAGCAGCGGCAGGCAGCCCAUCUUCAGUGGGACAGCCAGCGGCGCCUGGCUGAGCAACGUAAGGAGCAGGAGGAGAAGGAGAAGCAGAGGGCCCUCCUGCAGGGUCAGCGGAUGUGGGAGAGCCAGGUGGAGAAGCGUCGUGGGAGGUUGAACCAGGAGCAGGAGGAAGCUGCCCUUCUGAAGCAGAGGCAGCGCCUCAUGUGUGAGGAGAGGUGGCGGGAGCAAGCAGAGAAGCAGGAGCGGCUGCGGAGGGAGAGGCUGGAGAGGGCCAUCCAGGAGGACAAGCAGAAGAAGCUCCAUCAAGAGCUCAACCUAAAGGCAAAGGAGGAGGUCAAGAAGGAACACCAGGAGCGAGAGGAGCAGCUCCUGCAAGAGAAGCUGUCCACAGCUGCACAGAAGAGGCUGAAGAAGGAGGUGCAGCUGCAGAAGGAGAAGAGACUGUUCAACCAAGCAGAGAAGCUGAAGCAUGAGGCCUUGCUCAAGGAAUUAGCCAAGCAAGAGGCAGAAGAGAAGGAAAUGCUGAAGGCCUCCCUGAAAAUGAGUUUGACGAAGGCUCAGGAGAACUAUGAGCAGCUAGUGGAGAAGAGAAACCAGGAGCUGAGGGAGAAGGCCAGGCGUGAGGACAUGCAGAUCCAGAGAGCUAAGCUGGCAGCAGAGAAGAAGGAAAGAGAGCAGAAGGAGCACUUGGAGGCACUGGCUAGAGAGACAGAGAGAAAGCUCCAGCAUGCUGCCCAGGUGGCCGAAGAGGCCGUUCAAGAAAAAGCCCGCAAGGUAGUCUUGAGUCGUCUGGAGAAGGAAAAAGUACAGAAGAUGAACAAGCAAAAGGUGGAACAGUAUGAAGACUUACGACGCAAGGAAAUCCUCCUCUCUAUAGAGAGGAAGCUGGAGCGAAGUGAGCAGAUCUUCAAGGAGAAGAAGACUGUCUUAGAAAAUGCCAGAUCCGUCGCUCGGGCAUCCUUCCACGUCCGGGAAAAAGUACGGGAGGAAACAAACAUGCGCACCUUUGACAAGAUGGCCUUUGAAGCAGAACUGCAUGCUCACCUUAACAAGAAAUGAAAGAUCUUGUCAUGGAUGAGUGGGGGUACACCACUGGUUGUCCAUCGUAAUACAUCAGAAAGCUCCUCCACAUGAACAUUGGAAAAACAACAACAAUCAACAUCCACCCUAAUUUCUUAUUCUGGGGGAGCAGGGUACCGCACAAAAUUGUGGCAGCUAUUUCACAUACAGUUUUAAGUACAUUUUUUGUUCUGGGUGUGUUUUAAGGACUGACCUCAGUCAUCUUUCCAGAGGGGAAGCAAGUUUUUGUGUCCUUCCACCCCACAAGCACACACAAUUUUUCAGAAAGGGCUGCAGAAGAAGUCUGCUUGAAGCCUGUGAGUACUGAUGGGUUGUUUACACCGGAAAUGAGUACGGCUGCACUCUUUUCAGUUUGCAAUGCAGACAACAGAGGCAAUUAACUAUUAGAGCCUACCAAGUAAGAACCAAAACCAUCUAAGCUGAUUCUGCCUUGAGUGACAGGUAGUUUGGUUUAAGUUAUGGGACUGCACUUUCAAAGCUGGUACACUUCCAUGCUGAAGAUGAGGAAAGCUGGAGUACAGAAUUCCAUAUGCCCUGGGUGCCCCGUGCCCACUGCUGGUACCAAGUUAGAGAAAGCACAGAUCAAGGCCAUGUAAGUAGACAUUAUGAUCAGAGCUGGGCAGAAGCUGUUAGUGCUCACAAACACAGUUUCGCUUUUGCUGUUUGUAGUUGUUGCCCCUCCUAAGUAUCCCCACCUUUCCUUCUCCUUUUCAAGUUUCUCUUGCGAACAUCUGUAGAAUUCCUUCUUUUCUUUUGGAAGAGGGGGAGAAGGAGAGAAAAUUGUGGGCAAGUCACAAACUGAUGGGCACCCACAUAGCACACUUGUUCAUUGUGAUAUAAAAAUGAGUGAACCUGUGAAAUCUGGACUUAGGGGGAAAUAUGGGGAUCAAUUGUAAAUGGAAAUCUGUGAUUGCAUAGACUGCAUAGAGAAAUGAACCUUGGGAAUUCUUAAAAUUCAAGGAGACUCUCAGCCCCUUAGCCAGUUGGACCCACCUUGAGCAAGGUGUUGGACCAAAUGUCCUCCAGAGUUCCUUUCCAACUUAAUUGUUCUAUGAGCUGCAUACAAUGAGACAUUCACCCAGCUCUUAUCAUCGUCUACUGAACAGAGGAGCAUUUCUCUGUCUACUGGUGCUAACAGUUGUUUUCUCAUAUAGGGCACAAGAAAGAGUAGAUGCAGAAAAUGAGGUACAUUACAGAUUCUUUUAGAUGACGAUCAUGUCUUUUUUAUAAUUCUUAACUCAAUACUGUUUAGAGGAACCGAGUCCUGCCAUUAAAUGCACUGGAAAUGUGAAAAGCCUACCUAUACCCCGUGCACAGUGUUCAAGUAAGACAGUGUUCUGCUGCAGGUUUCCACAUUUACUCUCUGUUAGGUUGGAGUUACAAGCACAAAUUCAAAGCAGGCACUUUCUGCUGGUUUUUUUUCUGGCUGCUGACAGCAUCAGCUCUCUGUUCCACCAUCCAUGACGCUGUGCUGGGUUGCUCUGGUGAUGGCAGCCAGACCUGGAGCAUGGAAGAGAAGCAGCAAGAACAGACAGGAUCUUGUUUCCUUGUGGAUGUCUCUUACAUACCACACAGUAGAAGAGAAAACCAGGAGAAGGUUGACAUGUGGAACAGGCACGCAGUCCCGCAUGCAUAGAUUGCUUACCAGAAUUUCCCAGAAGAUGACGGCAGGUCAAAACCCUCUUAGAAGGCUUUAAGGAAGGUGUUAAAUGAACAGUAACAACAACAAUAGACCAAGCACACCCUGGUGCCCUGCAAGGCUGGAGACAUUAUACCAACAGUGUUGAAAAUGGAGCAAGUAGGGAUUUAUUUUUUUUUUAUUUUAAUGGAACUUGCUCUUCUUUGAAUCAUGGUACAAUUGGAGGUGUAAAGGGCAGGCAGCAUGAAAGUAGGAAUUAGGGCACCUGAGUGAUGUUUGCUAUGUCAGCCAUUGGCUCACUGUGUAACACCAGGCAAGUCCUCAGGGGCUGGGCUUGCUCCUAUUGAUAUAAAUGGAAGCAGAGCUGGGCUCUUGGGGUUGCUGGGACUUACAGGAAAUAGUAACACUUGGCUUGGCAAAGCACUUCAAAGACUUGGGAUGAAUGAUGCUAACAAAGCACAAAGAUUUAUUAUUUAUUUAUUUAUUUAUUUUUUUGAGUGGUUACUAAAGUAAAACAUCCCUUGGUGAAAAGCACUAAUUAACACCAAAAUCUGGUUGCUGUGGAAAGGACAGCUGCAUUACUGUUCCCAGCAAGCAGUCUGUCCCCUGACCCUCAUCCUCAAAGCAGCAGUUUGAACAGUGAAACAAAUUCUGCUGUGACACUGGACAAGAUCCUUGAACAAAAACAGUCUUCUCCACGUGUUGUCCAUAUUGCAGUGAUCUUUGUGUUCCCUUGUAGCUGCAAAGACCUAGAAAAGAGGUGGCCAGUGGCCUAAAUCUAGCCAGCACUAAAUUUCCCUUGCUCCCUGGCAGCACUAGAGUUGGGAUAAAACCUGCAGUGACUCCAGCACAGCCCGUGUUUCAUCUGGUUAGAAGCCUUUGGGGAUGCAAAAAAAGCCUGCCAGCACAGAUAUGAGAGCCCUUGCUUUUGUGUGUCAUUACACAGUGCUUGAAAUUCACUGCUUGGUCCAUUUAGAAGGAAAAUAGGGAAAGCUGGGAAACAGUGGAAAGAAGGCAAAAUGUGGUGGGCAAAUGAGCAGACAGCCUCUAAUUGGAACAGCAUUUUUUCCAUAAAGGUCUACUGCAAUCUACCUGAAGACUUUGUCCAAAUCUCCCUCUGACAGGGCAUUUCCAGUGCAGACUGAGAACAUUCUGUAUCCUAGGAGACAUGUCUUGGCCACUGACUGUAAUUACACCUAGGGUCCAUCUGCUGCUGCUGACUGAGUUUGACACCUUGGGGCUACAGCCGAACUAAUCAAAACAAACCUACAUGAUGGUAAUUGGAUUGGCAAACUACUGUUCCUAUAUUGUGCAGUGUACAGUUUGAGUUUUGAAUGUGCAGUCUAAGAAAAAAUAUUUUUUUUCAAAAGACAUUAA